AUGUACUCCUGCUGCGAGGGAUCGAUGGACGAUGAAUCAACUAUAUUAUGCACCCAUUGUGGUGGAGCGUUUCAUCACAGUUGUAUGGACCCGGCAAACAGCUACGAUUUUUCAACUAUCGAUACAAACAACUGGACCUGUCCCACUUGUACAGCCAAAAAGCCAAAGGCGAUUAAAGGUGACAAUACUCCCAUACGAUUGGGAGCAUCGCAGGCAGUGGUAAAUAAUAACGUUACCCAACGUCUCAAAAAGAAAAAAACGGUUUCAGAACCUUCAUCAAAGGUUCAAGCCAGUGAUACAGUUAGUCAAAUUACAGUUUCUUCGCUUGAAUUGCGUGAAAUAAUUAGGCAGGAAAUUAGACGGGAAAUUACAGAAUUACAGAAAGGUUUGGAAGCCAGCUUUGAGCACCUAUUAAAUGCGAAAUUUAAGAAAAUAGAAGAUGAAAUGGAGGAAGUCAAGAAAUCAGUCUCGUUUAUAAACAAUAAAUAUGAUGAAAUCAAGACACAGUUGGUCAACCAAGAAAAAUCUUUAAAAUCCAUGGAUGUUAUAUCGGCUGAUAUGACCCAACUGAAGACUACAUUUAAUAAGCUGGAGAGUGAGAAUAAUACAAGAGAUCAGUGGGCCAGACGUUCAAAUAUUGAAAUUUGUGGAGUUCCUGAAAAGAAAAAUGAGAACUUGAUUACAAUUAUAGAAAACUUGGCAAAAAAAGCUGAUAUAUCAUUUAACGCUCCCACUGAUAUGGAUUUCGUAACCCGUGUUGCAUCCUUAUCAAAAGAUAAUAAAAAGCCCAAACGUAUAUUUGUGCGUUUCAUGUCUCGUUAUUAUAAGGAUGAGUUUCUGUGCAAGGUGCGUCAGCUGAAAAAUUUGAAAGCUAGCGACAUCGGGUUUUCAGGUAACAACUCUUAUGUCUUCUUCAACGAUCAUUUAACUACAUCUAAUAAACUACUGCUUCAAAAGGCAAAAGCUAAAGCUAAAGACUGCAAUUACAAAUUUGUGUGGGUAAAAAACUGUACUAUCAUGGUGCGUCAAAGUAACAGUAGUCCUGUGCUACAUAUUAACUCGACAAAUGAUUUAUUCAAAAUAAAAUAG